AUGUAUCUUAUAUCAGGCCGUGCCCGCGGCUCUGCCCGCAAUUCGCGCAGUCCACGCGACCUUUCUGGCAUAGCUGGACUGGAUCUCGACAACGACGACGGCGAUGACGUUGAUGCCGCUGACUUGAACGACCCGGAGCUGCUGGGCGAGCUUGCGGCUCUGCGCAGCGAAUGGGCCUCUGCGUCGAUGGCGUUCGACGAGGACGACAAAAUACUCGACAGUGUCGAGGUCACCGAGGAGGAUAUGAAUGACCCAGGGCUAUUAGCUGAGCUGUCGCAGUAUGGCGGUGCGGCGAUGCCAGAAGAAACCGCCAAGCCUGCCAAGGCUCCUGACAACAGUGCUUUGCUGGAAGCCCUAAACGAGCGGACAGCAGAGCUCAAGAGUGCCGCACUGACAGCCAAACGACAGGGCGAUAUGGACAUAGCCCGUGGGAUGCUUAUGCAGAUGAAGGCAGUGCAGGAGGCGGCAAAGUGCGUACGCUCAGGCCAGCCAUUGCCCAAGGGGUUUGCUAUGCCGCCCAAGCCUACAGCUCCUGAGUCGCCCACACCAAAAGCACCUGAAUCACCGGUGCUGCCAGCGCCUGGGCCUAGAAAGCCCAAAACACCUGACCUGGCCACGCAGCCGGCGCCUGAGCCGCCAGUGACCAGUGCUCCCCGCGUAGCUGCAUCAGCCAGCCAAACCCCAGCCAAGGGCGUCACCGGUUUCCACGCCUGCACAGUCCUCCUCUACGCCCGGGCCAACCGCGCGGUAUUUCUCGACGACCCGCAGCUCCAAAACCUUGCCCGGGUUGCCGUUGACUUUGGUGCCAUGACGGAGCAGCUGGAGCUGCAGAUCUCACAUGCCACACGUCUGCCGCCCACUACCUGCGGGCCGGAGAUAAACCGCGCGCGCUCGAGUUCCAUCGCGCCUGGCCCCGCGCCGUUCCUGCACCACGAAGUCACAUGGACAGCGCCCGUGGACCAGCGCCGGGACAUCUCUGUAAAUGAACUCCAGAUCGCCAUCAAGCGCGUAGUGUCGGACGGGGACCUGGAGGCAACGCUGAAUGGCAGCGCUGACUCGUUUGUGCAGUGGGAGAUCAGCUGGCCCAGAGACAAGCCCAGUAAGGCGUAUGCGCGGACCAUCAAGUUCAGCGAGUUCGACUCGGGCGACGUCGGUCUGGA